ACACCAUUGACUCAAGUUCUCUCCACUAUAACGAUUCGACUCAAAAGUCUCUCAGAGUUUCGCGAAAUCGAGAUAUAUAAAGUUGCAGACUUUUUUGAAAUGAAGUGAGAUUAGAUUAGCUUAAUAAUGAAUUGAGACUACCCUUGUUCCCAAAUCUCGAUUCAGUCGAUUUAAUUGAAGAAAUCGAGAAAAAAAAUGGCGUCUCCGUCGUCGUUCUGGAGCAUAGCUUCUCGACAAGCUAUGAACAGUGGUUUGUUUCUCACGAAACUCUACUGCUUCCUUCAUGUAACCACCAACUAUCUUGGAUUCAUGGCUUAUGCUUAUGGUCCGAGCAUGACUCCGACGCUUCAUCCUUCAGGGAGUGUCUUAUUAGCUGAGCGAAUCUCUAAACGGUAUCAGAAACCGAGUCGUGGAGAUAUAGUUGUGAUAAGGUCUCCAGAGAAUCCUAACAAGACUCCGAUUAAGAGAGUUAUUGGUGUUGAAGGUGAUUGUAUUAGCUUUGUGGCUGAUCCAGUCAAGAGCGACAAAUCCCAAACCAUUGUGGUUCCUAAAGGACAUGUCUUUGUUCAAGGUGACUAUACUCAUAACUCAAGAGACUCAAGAACCUUUGGUCCUGUACCUUACGGUCUUAUUCAAGGCAGAGUGCUUUGGAGGGUUUGGCCAUUUCAGGAUUUUGGACCGCUUGGACCAACCCCUUCUUAGCUCAUGAAUUAGCUUGGUCCUUGUUAUAAUUGAUUUCUUACUUUGACUAUGAUUUUCCGCAAUUAAAUUUAGUCACUUUUACAUAAAAGUUUUUUUUUUGGUAUGGAUGUCAAGUUUAUCAUAUUGUGUUCAAAGUUCAAACUUCUUUUUAUUUAUAUGGUAUGAGUUUAUGUU